AUUCCUUUGGACAGCUUGCUUAACAAGGUUGCUUCUAAAUUUAACCAAUCCAAGUUCAACACCAGCACAAGUUGCUCUUGUUCUCUCUUUUUUUCGACAAUCCCUAAAACAACAACGAUACUAGAAGAAACAUAGCGAAAUCUAUUUUGAAGUCGUCGACAAAUUUAUUUUAAAGUCCCUGUUUUAGGGCUCAUCUGCACCAUGAGUUCGGAGUAUUCUUAUGACGAACAAGGGCACUUUUACCCUUUCUUCGUCUUCACUCUGACUUCUAUCGUCACCCUACCUCUCACAUAUAGUCUGUUUGCACCUAGCAAGGACCCUGCUGCGCUUGCACCCCGGACAAAAACAUCAUACCAACCAGAACAUGCCGAUCUUAUUCAAGCGCAGCGCGCAGCCCAGAAGCGGAAGCAGCGCAAAGUCAAGCGCGCCAUCGCCGUCUUGAUAGGAUGGUCCCUCAUGGCCGGAAUGUUAUACCUAAUCGUCACUACCCAACGCACCACAGCCAAGAUAUGGAAUCCCUAUGAUAUCCUAGGAGUCUCCGAAUCGGCGUCCGAAAAACAGAUCAAGUCUCACUACAGGAAGCUCGGUCUCAAAUUUCACCCGGACAAGGCCAAGCCGGACCCGGCUAAGAACGAAACUGCCGAAACGUUGAACGACAAAUGGGUCGAGCUUACCAAGGCAUACCAGGCACUCACGGACGAGGAGGUUCGCAACAAUUACAUCCAGUAUGGACAUCCCGAUGGAAAGCAGAGCUACAGCAUUGGAAUUGCCCUUCCUAAGUUCAUCAUUUCGGAAGGGAACGGAAAGUACGUCGUGCUAGUGUAUGCUUUACUUCUCGGAGUCUUGUUGCCCUACUACGUUGGAUCCUGGUGGUAUGGUACCCAGCGUAUAACUAAGGAGGGCGUUCAAGUUGAGAGUGCCAACAACCUAUUCCGCGAGUACACCGAGUCUAUGGACGAAGGGGACCUUGUGACUGCUCUGAGUGGCGGCAAGGAAUUUCGAGAUGCGCUCAAAGGAGACAAGGCGGAAUCCGGUCUUGCGACAAUCGAAUCGAGGAUAUUGGCAAGAGGAGAAAUCACACCCUUUGCUGGCGGAUUGUCGGUCAAAGACAAGGAGAAGCUCGAGGACCUUGAGAGCGGCGUAAGGAGAAAGGUUCUAGCCCUUCUCUGGGCGUACCUUGGCCGUGUAGAACUCGACGAUCCGGCUUUGAACAGUGCGAAAUAUAUGGUUGCGCCGAUUGCGCAGAGCCUCUGCGCUUCCUUCAGGAUGAUCUCUCUCGCAUACGGAAACAUCAUUCCCAUUCUCUCCUCAUUCCAUGUUAGCCAACGACUUAUCCAAGCCGUCCCCCCGAAGGCCUCUCCUCUCUUUCAACUUCCCCACUUUACACCAGCUGUAGUGAAGGCUGUUGAAGGCGACUCGAAAACACAUGUCAGCGUCCAAGAAUUCAUGGAUAGGCCUGAUUCCCAGCGGAGAAGCAUUGUAAUUGGAGAAGGACUUCUAAACGAAGAGCAGUACAACACAGCGGUCGGUGUCGCACAGCAGCUCCCAUAUCUGAGAGUCGCAAAGGCAUUCUUCAAGGUUGCUGGUGAACGGUUUAUCAUUCCCUCAUCUUUGGUCACACUGGUUGUAAAGGGUCGAUUCAUCCCCCCUGGAAGCACAGACAUUCCACCGAUUGACGAGCUUGAUCUAGAGGAUAUCGACGCUGCUGAGGAUGAUCUUGACGCACUUAUGGGACGUAAAAAGGCUGUGAAGGAUGCGAAUGGGAAAAUAGUAUCAAAGGAAGAAAACACACCUGUAUCGCCGCCCAUCGCAUUUGCCCCUCACUACCCCCGUGAUCACACACCGAAAUGGCACAUCUUCCUCGCGGACAGCAAACAGGGAAAGAUGGCUGUCCAGCCUUUCCCCUUCACUACUUUCGAUAUGCCCAUAUUCACGGAUGACGGAAAGCCAACAUACCACAUGCAGACGCUGAAAGCCCAGUUCGCCGCUCCUCCUCAAGCCGGCACUUACACAUUUGUCAUGCACGUCGUGUGCGAUAGCUAUAUCGGGUUCGAUACCAAGAUGGAAGUAACCCUUAACGUCGAGGAUGCUAGCAAGGCGGCUGCAAUGGCCGGAGAGGAUGAGAUUAGUGAGCCCGAAGAAGAUUCUCUUGCUGGACAGAUGAGCGCGCUUAAGGGCGGUAGCGUUGCCACAAAGCCGAAGAGGCGAAAAGAUGACGAUGACUCGGAUGAGGAGAGCGGCACUGAAGAGGAAGAAGACAGCACCAGUGAGACCAACACCGACACGGAACCAGAGUCGUAGGAUACUCUGUCUUUGUCUACAGAGAAGAUAUUGAAGACAGUGGAAGCGGAGAAGAAGAAGACAGGGAAGAAGACGACGAAGAGGGGGAAGAGGGGGGGAAGAAGACGACACCAGCGACACAAACAGUCGAAGCGAAGUCCUGAAUAGAAUCGAUCGUGUACUGGAACGCCUCCCCGCUUAAUCGGAUCUAAGUUGUCUGAUACCACCGGUAGCUUGCGUCUCGAGCCAAGUCCGAGACGGAGGCGCCACUUGUAUACCUACCUCUUAUUUAAUCAUAUUGUUGUUAGUCAGUUCUUUGUUGUACGCGAGGGAGGAGAAAAAAUAAAGAGAGCGAGAGAACGAGAGAAAUAUCGAAAGAGAUCAACGCGCACGCCGCAACAGCAUAGGAUCGGCGUCGUGGCGUUGUAGGAAGAACGCCUGCGCGAUAGCGGCGUAUAUACACUAGAACACAGCAGCCCGCGCGCUGCAGCGUAUGAAUGUUGAAAUAUGAUGAUUGUAUGCCCUGUUCUUUUUUUGCGUCGUGAGUGAGAUGGUGCUGCUGUUUAAUGUGCGUUUCUUUUUCUUUCUUUUUGUGUGUGGAUGAUAUGGUUAAGGGGUAGUUAGGCGGUA